CCUCCUCGCAUGGCAAACAACGCGGAAAAUAUAUCAUUCAAAUUGGAAUCUAAAAAUUUCACCUGACAAUCUCCCAAUAAUCGCCCCAAAGAGUCGCCGAAAUCGAUCGGCUGGGAAAAAUAGGAAAUUGCGGGAAAGGGGAAACAGCAGUACUUUUGAUUUCAAAACCUCCCACUUUCCUCCACAUAUUCUCUUUCUCCGUCAACCCCUCCCGUAUACCUCUUGUACAACCGUUGUUACUAGUCCAGUGACGCUCGUCCGCUCUUUCUUUACCCGGACUGGUAAUACCAGAACAGAACAGUUAACGAGCGAGACUAUACAGCAACCGAGGUUUUCCCUCUUUUAGUUACUCAGUUUAUUUUUACUCAUCUGUUCGCGGAUACACAUCAGCUAGCGCCAUGAGACUCAUUGCCAUAAUUGUCAUAGCUCUCGCCAUCAUGUCAGGUGCACUGGCACAGGAUUACAGCCAACUAUUCGCUGGCUUUGGACCGUACCUGCGCGCUGCAUCACCAAUGAGAGAUCCACGAUCCAAUCGAGGUCCCGUGCUGUUCCCAGUGGGACCCCCCGGAAAUCCAGCCGAUACCAGUGGUGUCAUAGUUGGCGCGAGUGGAUUUGGAUUCGUACCACCCAACUCAGGCUUCUUCGCUUAUUACUUUUAGAAGGAAUGACGGAUUUUAGUCGAAUCGACGGUGAGGAACAUCGAUAAUCGCGCAAUCUGCUGUUGCGGUGGACAUUCAAAUGGUCAUGGUAAUAUCGGUGACCUUGAGACUGACUUAUUCGUUGGCCUUGAGAGUAAUUUAGUGAAUAUUUUCAUUCAUCUGACACUUUUGAGACGAGAAAAUUCCUGGUUGAUGACUAUUGUGCAAUAAUUUAUGUGAGUUUAGAGAGGAGCGACAUCGGUUUUUAUAUGGUGAAGAGAUCGAGGAUUGUCGGGCAUCCCAAGGUGACAUUCUAUAGGUUAAUAUGUGUACACAGUGUGUCGAGAUGUUUAAACACUUGAGGUUCUAUAUAUUUUUUUUAUGGUUUCUUUUCCUGUUUUCAUAGGCAAUAUUCUCAGUCUGGUAACGAUUUUGUUACCGUCGACAGGUGUUCGCGCAGUCGCUUGAAAGAAAGCCAUUGUCGAAGUCAUUUCACUGAUGUCGAAAAAAAAAAAAUGUUUUUGUUGAAAUACCCGUUUUUCUAUGACUUCAUCGGUGGAUUUCCUUCGCGAUUCAAUCUAGACGAUUUAACAUGUAACAACUAUUUAUUUCUUACUCAGUAAUAGAACCGAAGUACCUUAACUCCAGAUGUUAAUAGAUAGUUUUAAUUUUUCAAACAAAAUGUAUCCAUUCUUUAAUAUAUUUCUAAUAAUUUUGUAAUUAAUGUCAGGAUGUAGUGUGUGUUCAAAGAUAUAAGAGAUGUGUGUUGAAAGAAACAAAUUGUUUUAUUUUUACCAAUAAAAAUUAUCUUUAAUGUUGAGAGAAAUUCA